CUUGUUGGGAAAACAUUACCGCCAGCUUCGACCUCCCCCGCGAACCAUUCAACCAAGUAAUAAUGCGUAAAACGAUCCGAAACCUCGAGCAAUACGUGUUCGAGAGUACCUACCUCGGCAGUUACUAUCAAUAACAGUAACCGGCGUGGCUGCACGUCCUCUACGUGCUCUGCACGAUACUGCGUACAAUCGGGCGUGCUGGUGCCGGCCGAGAGUCGUAGGGAUAAGGGAGGCGCUCUGCACCGCUUGUCGACAAGACAGAUCAGCUGGCGGAGAAAAUCUAUCCUUCCGUUACGACCAAUUUGUGCUGGCCCGGAUUGAAAGACCACAUAGGGAUAGCCAAAACUCGGUUGAUCUAAUCAGCGCAGAGGAAACUGUGCCCAAGGUAUUGUAAGAUUUUCACGCUGACCAUCUGAAUCACUGUUGCGUGAGUCUCGAUAGACUCACGUCCUUCAACUCUUAGGUUCCCACGGCGACGACGACGACGACGACGACAAACCAAUAUUCAAAUUCUGUGACUAGGCAACGUGGAAAGACAAUAAAAGCAUCGACAGCGCAUUUGAUAUCACGAGGCCGACAUUUCGGGCGAGAGAAAUUGUUGAUAAAGUCGUGAACCGCGCUCCCCGAGCUUUCCCAUUCUUUUCCCGCGAAAGGGGAUCAACAGUACUUGGUUGGUUUACAAGCCUAUCAGAGAUCUACCCUUUGCUCUGGGUCCUUUUCUCCUUUCUAGGCUGGUCGAUUAGGACAUUUCCCCUCCAGCAUGACAUUGGACAAUAAGACACCUCAUUCCAUUAAAAGGCUCGAGAUAAAGCCUCCCAUCUCAUCCAAACGCUGCCGUGAAGCUGGCAAACCCUCCCUUCCCAAUUACAUGGGCGUCGCUCACAUUGAUCAAGCAGCAUCAUCUACGACCUCGUCGUCGUUUUCCUUGGUGCCCAAACCAUUUCCUCCGCCUUCACUGGCUGGAAUUCCUCUUCAAUACGUCCUGGACCAGCUCCAUCUUUUGGCUCCCCAUUACUGGGAUAAACCAACGACAGCGGAUUGUACGCUAGUCAUACCAGUGCCUUAUCCCCGGAAGGAAGCACAUUCAUUGCCAUUCUCCUCGCGUCCCUCCUAUGACCCUUCUGGUUUGGGCCGUAGAGUCACCGAGCCAUCUUUAAACUUCAUACCUCGGCUGUAUUUGAAGUUACACACCGAUUAUCUCUCCGCCCAUUCAAGUUUUCUACGCGGCCUAUUCAGUGGGGCAUCCCCAUUCGACCUCAGCACCACAGCAUUAUCACUGAAUUCGCCUCUCAGAACAUCGUCAGGUCGUUUUAUCAUCCCUGCCGACCGUCUACCUCAUUUGCUUCCCGCCUCAACUCCGGAACAUCCGGUUCUGUUCUUGCCUGUCCCCGAUCCCACCUCCAUAGACCAUCUCAUUCACUGGAUGUACUUUGGAGAAACAUCUUUUAUUGAGAGAGAUCUUUGCCGAGGCACGAUUGAAUGGGAAGGUAUAGCUAGGAACGUUGAGUAUCUUGGUCUGUCGUCGGAAAUCAAGGUCUUUCUCGGGAGAUGGUACGGCCGCUGGCUCCACCCUGAACGGCGAGCGGUCUCAAACUCGCCGACGUGUGUGGGAGAUGAAGACGAGGACAGUUGUUCGUCAGAUACUCUGUACAGCGAAGACGAUCUAAAUGACGAUUAUGACAAUGUCGACGACGACGUAUUCUAUGACUCUGCGUCUGAUACGGAGAAUAUGGAUACGGACCUUGAUUGUGAGGCGGAAAAGGAGCCACCGAGGGGAAGAUCGUCCUGGAAUCAUCGAUGGCCACCCUCUUGGAACUUUCCUUUUGCCACCAAUGAAACCGCGAAUCACGGUUUCGCAAUACAUCCCCCUGCUAUCUCUCCUCUAGAUACAACUGUUGCCGCCUGCUGACGACAUUUUCCCCGUUCUUGUUUUGUCACAUCUAUCAUUAUUCGAUUUCAUCCUUCACCUCUUCUCUUUGCCUGUGCCGCUUCAUAGGCAUAGCGACGCGCAAUCAUUCGUUCAUCGUUUUCCUCGCCUCGUUAAUUUAUACUUAUUCGCUCUUCCACGGGACAUAGACUAUCCUCUGCGAUCUAAUCCUUCGAGCACUAGCAAACUCUAUCACUUGUCUCGCUUUCUGUAAGUUGUUGUAUCCAACAGACCAACGAUCAUUGUAAUAUCACUCGAUGAAUAUAACACCAACAAUACAUCAUGACCAU